AUGGAUUGGGAGAAGUUGGCGGCCGUGGCCAAGGACUUGGGCAUGAGCAAAGAAGAGACGCUGAAGUUUUUCGAGAAUGCGGAGCGAGUUGAAAAGGAGAGAGCACGCGAAGCACAGGAGAGAGCACGCGAAGAACAGGAGAGAGCGCGCGAAGAACAGGAGAGAGCGCGCGAGGUCCAUGAACGAGCGCGCGAGCAACAUGAACGUACGCUCGCAGAGCAAAAGAUGGAAAAGGAAAUUUUAGAACUUAAGGUGCGUUUGGCACUCGCGAACGAAGUAUCGCGAGACGAUGCAAGUGUAGGUAGUGGCCCAUCGACAGCAUCGGCCAAUUUACCAUCUCCCGGACGAAAGCCUGUCUGCCCUCGUAAACUAAUGGCACCCUUUGAUGAGCGAAGGGACGACUUGGAUGCUUAUUUGCAUCGCUUUGAGAGGAUCGCGAUAGGGCAGGGCUGGGAGAGGGGUGAGUGGGCUAAUGCUCUGAGCCUUUGUCUCGCGGGAGAAGCACUGAGUGUGUAUGGCCGCAUGCCAGCAACAGAGUCAUUAGACUAUGACUUGGUGAAGAAAACUUUAUUGGAAAGAUUCCGGCUGACCGCCGAAGGGUUUCGCGAAAAAUUCCGGUCAUGUAAGCCUGAGAAUUCCGAGACGGGCAAGCAGUUUGUCUGUCGACUGUCGAACUACUUUGAUCGAUGGAUGGAAUUGUCGGAGACAGCAAAAACUUACGAAGGCGUCCGCGACAAGGUAGUUGGAGAGCAAUUCCUCAACCGGUGCAGUGGCAAGUUGGCCGUAUUCUUGAAAGAAAGAAAAGUGGGCACGGUAGAGGAAAUGGCAAGGCAGGCCGACCAGUUCAUGGAGGCGCAAGGACUCAGAAAUCUUGGAAAGGGGGUCGGUGAAAGUACGAUGGCAGCGGAGGGAGAUGCUAAAGGACAGGUCCCAAUGAGCAAAUUCAGGGCACAACAGCGAUGUUUCUUGUGCAAUCGGCCGGGACGUAUUGCCAUCAAUUGUCGUACAGAGAUUAGCCACAAUCAAAAGGCAGUGACGUGCUCCAAAUGCCAAAAAAGAGGACACAAGGCAGAUGAUUGUAAGAUGACGUCAGCUGAAAAGAUUGCCUGUGUAAUGAGUGCCAGGGAAGGACAGAUCGAAAAAGACAUGCCGGUAGUUGAAGGAGAGGUACAAAGGCGUAAGGCGACGGUGUUGAGAGAUACGGGGGCUAAUACGGUAUUAGUAAGAAGUAGUUUAGUGGCACCCGAGAACCUGACAGGACAGGUAAAGCCGGUGAUGUUUGUUGAUAGGACGAUUAAAUAUAUGCCGGAAGCAAGGAUAAGAAUAUCUACACCCUUUUUUACAGGGCUAGUGACAGCGAAGUGUGUUGAGGAUCCGCUAUACGACUUGGUAGUGGGAAAUGUACCUGGCGUGAGAAGGGCGGACGACCCUGAUCCAUUGUGGAGAAGGACUAAGAAAGGCGUGGAGCAGAGUAAAAAUAUUAAAGAUUUGGAGCUAGCAGAAGGGGCGCAAGAAGGUGCCGAAAGAGCAGCAGUGGUAGAAACCAGGGCAGAGAAUAAGAGAGAUAAGUGUCUGGAACCACUGCAGGCCGCAGCCAUUAAUCAGUUAGAUAUCACAGUGGAGAAGUUCAAGGAAUUGCAGGAGAAGGAUCCAUCGAUUCAAGCGUGCGAGGAGAAAUUAGGAGAGAUUAUAAAAAGGAAGAAGGGUAAAACGGUAGCACAAUUUGUGAAACAGAAUGGGCUGGUGUAUCGCAAGUGUGUAUUUAGCUCGGGUAAAGAAGUCAUGCAGCUGAUGGUGCCGGAGGAAUUGAAGAGUACGGUCUUAAAACUGGGGCAUGAUAGUAUAAGGGCCGGUCACCAGGGAAUUAAAAACACUUUCGAGAAGAUCACGGAAGAAUUCUUUUGGAUAGGAGUGUGGAGCGAUGUGAGGAGAUAUGUCAAGUCAUGCGAGGUAUGCCAAAGAGCAGUGGUUAAAAAGCAAGAUAGGAAGGAGGAUGAAAAGGCAGAAAACAAAGAGAGUGCUACGGUGUGCAGGGCAAUUGCUGAGGCGAAUGAGGAGGAAGUACCGACUUAUAGGGUGAAGAAACGCAGAUUAAGCAAGUGGCAUUGGAUUGGUGACUGCGCUAGGAGAAAAUAGAUUUUUGAGCAGUGGAGUCAGCCUUAAACAGAUUUACUGAGGACUAUUUUGAGUAG